AUGGCAAUUCACGCAGACGAAGUCGCCGAACUGCAGACGCUGCUGGCGCAAGCCAAAACUGCCGGCAACCGGCGCGAUCUGGAGCAGCUCCUGCAUCGCAAGCAAAAGGCGCUCGAGGUCGUCGAGGUGGUAUCACCACCGCCACAGACGGUACUGGCUCCCGUCACGACCGUCGGUGGUGACGUCGCGACGUUCUCGGAGAUCGGUCGCUUCGGCUGGGAGGACGAGGGGUACGGCAAAGAUAAGGUGGCGGUCUACGUCAUGUCGGGGAUCGAUGGCGUGGGCCUCGUGCCCAAGGAGAACGUCACGUGCGACUUUACCAAGACGUCGUUUGACUUGAAGAUUCUCGGGCUGAACGGCAAGAACUAUCGGUUGUUCAAGCAGCCCUUGGACAAGGAGAUCGACCCGACGAAGAGCUCGUUCCGCGUCAAGAAGAAUCGCGUGGCCAUUUCGUUGCACAAGGUGGACAAGAACGCAAUGUGGACGAACCUCACGGCCAAGAAUCCGCUCAAGACGAGCAAACCCGACACAAGUGACCCGAGUGCGAGUAUCAUGGACAUGAUGAAGAACAUGUACGACGAAGGGGACGACGAGAUGAAGAGUACGAUCUCCAAGGCGUGGUACGAGAGCCGCAAUAAGACGGGCGCAGCUGCUAGUCCGUUCUGA